AUGGAUUUCCUCAACCCCGAGGAAUGUCUACUCAUAGCUCAGAAAAGUCUUUUAGAGGUGGACAAGACCAAUCUGAUAGUGCUUAACUCUCAGCUGGAGGCGGGCUCUAAGGAUCUAAUGGGUUACAUGGGAGAGUAUUACAAGUUGUUCUUAGAAGUGGAAGAUAUAGAAAAGCAGGUAAAAUAUUCACUGAAAUAUUUUAUCAAAAGUUUACCUCGGAAAAAUGAACCGCAAAGAGAAGAAUGUGAACGCAAAGGAGUUUUCCAUAAGGAAUCGGCAGUAUACAGCCAGUUAUUGCCAAAAAUUCAGAAAUAUGCCAGCAAAAAGCUUUAUCCCGAAUGCUACUAUAGUAGAAAUGACAUUCUGGUCCUGGAAGAUCUUACUCAAAACUACAGGCAUCUUAGGGUUAAGGAAAGCUAUAGCUUGGAUCAUUAUAAAUUGGUUUUGGAACAUUUAUCUGAACUGCAUGCUGCUAGUAUAGCUUGGGAAGAAAAAGAAAAUUUAAAUAUUUAUGAAAAUUACAAAAAUGUUCUCAUCGAACUGCAUUUGGAUGCGAAAAAUUCUUGGUACAUCACAGGACUUAAGGCCAUUGUUUUCUUAGCCUCUCGACAUCCGCAAUAUCAAACCAAGACAGCUCAAAGUUUUAUCCAAGAAAAGCUCUACAAUCUUCUAACCAAAGCUGAAGAAUUGGUGGCACCUUCGAAGACCAUACGGAAUGUGCUGUGCCAUCGGGAUACCUGGGACCGCAAUAUCCUGUAUCAUUUUGAAAAGGAGUCUUCAAUUCUACCCAAUGCCUGUUGCCUUGUGGAUUUUCAGCUGGCCAAAUACUGUUCGCCUACCUUAGAUGUCUUAUUUCUACUCUACAUCGUAGCCUCUGCUGAGGUCAGGAAGAAGAUAUACGACGAGUGUCUUGAUCACUAUUAUAAGUCCCUUGAAUACCAUCUAGAUCGUUUAGGAUUGGAUGGGAAUCUCAUCACCAGAGAGAACUUCUUGAAAGAAUGCCAAAGAACGCGAUUGGCAGCUCUUCUCAUUUGGGCUCUCACCGAACCGCAGACCAAAAUGUGGCCCAGCAUUUCGAAUAGAUUGCGAACGGAAGAACCUGAAAAGUUUGAUUUUUAUCUUAACUGCGAUCGCAGUGAGCUGUUACUAAGGGUUAUGGAGAUACAACCUGGCUACGAAGAGACCAUAAUGUCGCCUAUUAAAGAACUGAUAGAUUAUCUCAUGGAGAAUGAAGAUUUAUAUAGCAAAGAAAGCAGAUUUCUUAUCUGUAGAUAA